AGGGUUGACAUUCUGCCGAGGUAGUGUGGCGGCUAAGCUAACUGAAACCUUUGCUACAUGUGGAGGGUAGAACGGGAGGCAUCCCUGACCCUCACAGUUACAUUUCUUAACUUUUACCCAACGCAACGCUCAAGUCCAGGCUAAUCUGAAAAAGGGAUAAUAUCUGUGUAAAAUGAAAGGUAGCCGGAUUGAGCUGGGGGACGUUACGCCUCACAACAUUAAGCAACUGAAACGCCUGAACCAAGUCAUCUUCCCGGUCAGCUACAACGACAAAUUUUACAAAGAUGUGCUGGAAGUUGGAGAGCUCGCAAAGCUAGCAUACUUCAAUGAUAUUGCAGUGGGGGCUGUGUGCUGCAGAGUGGAUCACUCUCAGAACCAGAAGAGGCUGUAUAUCAUGACACUCGGCUGUCUAGCUCCCUAUCGUAGACUCGGAAUUGGUACAAAGAUGCUCAAUCAUGUGCUAAACAUCUGCGAGAAGGACGGCACUUUUGACAACAUUUAUCUUCAUGUGCAGAUCAGCAAUGAGUCCGCCAUUGACUUUUACCAGAAGUUUGGCUUUGAGAUCAUCGAGACAAAAAAGAAUUACUACAAGAGGAUAGAACCUGCAGAUGCCCAUGUGUUGCAGAAGAGUCUGCGCAGUCCAUGUGCGCCACCUAGUGGGGAGCUUCAGAAAGCAGAGUAGGGGCACACAGCUUUUUUGGGGGGGGGAGGGGGGAAGAAAAGUAUGUGUGCCCAUCGACACAGAAACAGAACUGUGACAGAUGCCCCACGGUCAACACAUUCAACAGUUUCUUCAAAAGGACACUAGAGAGAGAAAACAGUUUCCCGAUAUAAAAAUUGCUGCAUUUGUUUUGCAAAGGUGAUUUUUUUUUUUUUUAGCAUAUUUUAUUGUUUCCUUUAUUACAUGCGGUUAAUUGAGAAAUGACCGAAAGCUUUGUAUCCAAAAAUUGGUUUCUAAUGAUGAAAUGCUAACACUGAGCAGUAGUAGACAUGGUGAUGGAGAAUGGUGUUCUGUUUUCAAAACACACUGUUUGAGUUGCUUUUAUGCGGUUAUCAAACCUAAUGGGGGACAUAUCUAUGUUUUGAGUAAAAGGAAUCAGUAAAAGUGUUUGAAAGACCAUCACUUGACUGGUCGAUUUGGAGUUUGAGGUGGAACUGAUCCAUUGAACAGACAAGACUGUUCUCUCGCUACCUGAACCUUGUGAUUCAUGGAAAGUGAGUGAGACCAGUUUGUUCAUGCCUGCAGAUGGGAGGAGCAGAUAUGUUUCCCCUUGAUACGGACACAGGGGAGGCUGAAUGGUGGGUGGGAAUAUGAUGUCACCACUCCAGAGAACUUUAUUCUUUUGCUUUUUAAUUUAAUUCCCCUAAACUGUUUUUAUUUUUCACACUUACACAGCAAAUGGCUCAGAGGUUCCCCUGGGUUUAUGACGGAAAAGUACAAAUGCUUAGAUGUGGGGAAACCAAACAAGAAUUAACAGUAUAGGAGUAGUUCUGAUAAGUGCAUCCCCUCACAUUGACUGGUAGGGGUUGUAAUGACAAUAGAUUGGCUAAAUGGAUUUGAUUUGGGCAUUAUUAGCAAAUUGAUUUGUUUAAGGUGGGUGAGUAUUAAACACCUUUAUCUCCCCAUGUAGCGGCCUUACAAAUAAUGAUUUCAAACUUUCUCCAUCAGGAAGCUUUUGUUAUCGCACCCUCAUGAGGAUUUUAUGCCGUUCUGACGGUUUGGACGUUUUGGUCAGGUUUUGAUGUUUAAACCAGGAGAAGCUCUGUUCCCUCUGCAUGCAAGGAGAGUCGUUCUCUCUACUGUAGUAUACGCAUGUUUUUGCUUUCUUUGAAGAAUUUUAUCUUUUCUGGAGCUCUAUAUUGUAAGACUUUUUAAUGCCUAAAUAAAGGAAUUACUAUUUGCAGUAAA